AUGAUUUUGGAUUGCAGUUGGGUUUCUGCUGCUUUCCGCUACCAUACUACACUCACAGCGAACCACACUAUGGAAUUCCCAGGCCUAGACCUCUCAUCCCAUGAAGGGGUUACAUUGAAUGACAUGUGGACCUCGCAUGAAGAGUUACACGAUGAUAAUCUCCCCGCCUUGGAUGAGGACGCCGAGGAGACAUUCGACGUACGCAAAGCUGGCUUAAACAAGCUCAGCAAAAUCCGGUACAUGCAAAUGCUGGAGAUGAUGUCAGAGGGUCUGCGUGAAUUAGCUACUCGAGUAGCUGCGGAGAUGGAGUUCACGCCGGAGCAAUGCAUGUUCUCCAUCUUAUCGCUUCAUCAGAAAAAGCAAAAGCGAUCGCGAACUCAGAGCGAGUGGAACGCCUGGGUUAGCCUCACUUGGCAGGAGGAAUACCCUAAGCUCUCGUCACUCGGAUCGACUGCACCCUCCCCCGACGCUGCCGCUCUCCCUCCUUUAGCACCCCCUCCUGCUUCUGCUAAAGAUCGCAUCGCGCACGUUAACCGCAAGGCGAAGAUCAACCGCGAACAGGGCCGGUGGACACCACAGGAGAUCAAGAGCGCUAUGGAACAACUAAAGGCAACGGCGGCUGCCAAACCAAGUCAGCCCACACAUAAUAAGGCACUUAACGACGAACAACAAAUCAUUUUACAACGUAAUAAGGCUCAGCAAAUCUGGGACGCAACAUGCUCUACCCUUCGACACCUGCACGAUAUCUACAAUAUCGGCACCUGUCUCUUGAUGGUUCCGCUGGUUGCAAACCACUCUUUCAGGCCACAGAUGAUGAUACAGAACAUCUGGCUAGAGCGCACCAUUCAAAAGCUUUGGAGAAUCGGGAUUACGCCGGAGGCCGUACAACACCAUCUCAAUAAGCUCAUGGUCACCCUAGUCGAACAACGCAUUCAUCACACAUCGGAGACCUCACAAGCUCUCACUGCAGGUCAAAUACACCAACGGGAUGCCCUUCAUCAAGAACACUUCCAGUCCAUGAAGAUCGCCUCGAGACGGGAGACAAUCGCCACUCAUAUCAAGGCAUGCAUCUUAGCCACAUGCGGAGUGGACUUGCCGACCGUUCCUUGGAGUCGAUUGCAUUUAAUCGCAUGGCAGAACGACGUAAGGUGGAAAGGCGUCCCACUCGAUACCAAUUGGGUUAAGGUGUCGAAGAUGACGCAGCCCGACUUCGACAGGGUUGCUUCAGCGUACGCUCAACAGACGUUUCGACUUGAGAAGCUCAGUGAGACGCCAGCCCUCUUUGCAGAGUACAAGAGGGUAUUGGAACUGCUGGCGUAUGAGAACUUCCCCAAGAAGUUUGCCGGACUCCCAGGUUUUGAUGGCUCACAGGAUGACGCAGCUCUUCUCGCCGAGCGUGUUGAAUUACUGGACAAGCUCCGGGACGACGCUGGCGAAUGA